AUGUUCGUUAGCGUGGAUGUUGUACUUUUCACAUUAGCUGAUCAGUUUUCGAAAUAUCACAUAAUAGAAAAGGAUGGAAAAAGUGUACAUUCAUUAUCUAUUUUGCAUUUCAAUCCAGGAAGACUUUUAUUAAUGUUUGCAACUCUCUUGUCUGCUUAUCUAGGCAUAUGUCAAGAAGAUCUGUAUUGUACAUAUGGGAAUCAUUCACGGGAAGCAAUAUUUUUUAUUAUGGAUAUGUAUUACGAAUGUGCAUACACUUAUUUCGCUGACUACAUCGCCAAAUGUUGCAAUGGUUAUAACGCUAAGGAAAUUCUUAUUGAUGGUUCUUUCAGUUAUUUUAUUCAAAAACCCAUUUACAUUUACGCAUUGUAUAGGCUGUCUCCUUGUAUUACGGUACCAUAG